CCUCGGAGAGCCUCGGAGCAGCACGUAACCCUUGGGCAUCGUCCCCGGGGCUCGGGACUGCCCCUGGAGGGCCGCAGAUCCCAGGCGGGGCCUAGGAGGCACGGAGAUGUGGAGGCUGCGGCCGUGCAGCCUGGGAGGGAAGGAGUCUGGAAAAUCCGUGUUGGCAAACUUUGUUUCAGAGAGCAUAGAGGGGAUUGGUAGCUAUGUCCCAACGCAAGGAGUGAGGAUCCUGGAGUAUGAGAAGCCGAACUUAAAUGGGAACAGCAAAGGAGCUGGGUGUCGAUUUGAGCUGUGGGACUGCAGCGGUGAUCAGAAGUUUGAAACAUGCUGGCCAGCUCUUAUGAAGGAUUCUCACGGCGUAAUAAUAAUCUUCAAUCCUGAACUGCCCAGUCACCUGAAAGAAAUUGAAAUGUGGUACUCCUGUUUCGUGCAGCAGCAGCCACUGCUUGACAGCCAGUGUCUCCUUGUUGCACAUCACAAGCCAGGCAGUGCAGAGGACACAGAAAAUCUGUCGUUAGCUUACCCGUUGAACAAGCUGAAACUAAUACAUUCCAACUUAGAAGAAGAUCCUGAAGAUGUUCGGAUGGAAUUUAUGAAAUACUUCAGAAGCAUUAUCAAUGUAAUAAAUGAGAACAGAGAGAAGGAAGAAAUGUCAAUUAUUUCAUAACAUUAAAAGAAAGUAAAGAAAAA